CAGCGACCCAGCAGAGUCCGUGUCCCCCGACACAGAGUCCAGGAUCUAAAAAACAGCUUCGAAAAAAGCUUUUGAAGUGAAUACGCCUGCAUUUUUAUCAUCUUACCCUACAUGAUUUAACAUUUUAUCGCAUGACUCUCAGAUCUUUUCGUUUCGGAUGCGACUUUUUCCCCUUUUGAAGUAGCAACAGCUGUUUUCUUUACUUUGUCAUUGCUCAUUCGCGUUGUUUGUUUACGGCGAUACAACGGCAGAGGAUCCGGAGCAGCAGCAGCAGCAGCUGGGGACUAUAUUAAAUCCGCUUUAUGGAUACGGAAUCGCUGCCGUCUGCAGCUGUUCCCAGAGUUUGAUCUCAGACGUUGAUCUCUGCGCGAAGAAGAAGAAGAUGAAAUCUGCUGAGGAGGAUGCAUAUGGCUACACGCCAAAUGUCAGCAUCUCCCUCCCACUGGGCAACCCUUGUCUUCCCUCCCAGUACCACAGCCUCCAAACCAGCCCGGUCAUAUCCGUCUCCGAGCCUCACAGUUACGACAGCCAGGACGACAUGAGAGCAGCGGGAUACUUUUCAACCUCGAGUGUCCGUCCAAAUGGAGCCCCGACCCUGGAGAGCCCUCGAAUCGAGAUCACAGCCUACGGCCAAUUUCCUGAGGAUGAAGUCGAGGAGAGCAGCCUUCCUGUUGCCAAGCGGGUCAACUCCAUCGUGACGCUGACCCUCCCCAGUGCCGACGGUUACCGAGACCCCAGCUGCCUCAGUCCAGCCAGCAGCAUUUCGUCUCGCAGCUGCCACUCCGAUGCCUCUUAUGAAUCGAGCUUCUCCUACAACUACGACAACUCGCCCCAGAACUCGCCCUGGCAGUCACCGUCUGUGUCCCCAAAGGGCUCCACCCUCGCCCUACCGGGUGACGGCUGCACAUCUGCCGGCUCCCCUCGCCACUCCCCCUCCACAUCCCCUCGCACAAGCGUUACAGAUGACACCUGGUUGGGCCAGCGAGGCUCGAGGCCCAAUUCCCCCUGUGGUGCAAAGAGGAAGUACAGCUAUAAUGGCAGCGGGGUAUCGCAAAAGCACUACCCGUACUCGCCCAACCACUCGCCGGGACUGUCCCCGCAUACCUCCCCUCGCCUCAGCAUCACAGAGGAGAGCUGGCUGCCAAAUACCAACCAGUACACCAACUCGGCCAUCCUGGCAGCCAUCAACGCCCUGACCACGGACGGAGUGGUCGACCUCGGGGAGGGCAUCCCUAUUAAGGCCCGGAAAACCAGCAUGGAGAACAUCCCAACGGUCAAUCUGAAGGUUGAGCCAGGGGGUGAGGAGAUGAGUCCAGGGGAGCUCUGUCUGGAUGACCACUCCUCACACCGCCUGCCUUUAAAGAAGGAAGGCUUCUGCAGCGGGUUUCUGGAUGUACCACAACACCCGUACACCUGGUCCAAGCCAAAGCAAUAUGUCAGCCCAUCCCUCCCAGCUCUCGACUGGCAGCUGCCGUCCAGCUCGGGGCCGUACAGCCUACAGAUCGAUGUGCAGCCCAAGUCCCACCACAGAGCCCACUAUGAGACAGAGGGCAGCAGGGGAGCAGUGAAGGCCCUGGCAGGAGGACACCCAGUAGUUCAGCUCCACGGCUACAUGGAGAGCGAGCCUCUCACCCUGCAGUUGUUCAUCGGCACAGCGGACGACCGGCUGCUGAGGCCCCACGCCUUCUACCAGGUCCACCGUAUCACCGGGAAGACUGUGUCCACCCCGAGCCACGAGGCCCUGCACACCAACACCAAGAUCCUGGAGAUCCCACUGCUGCCUGAGAACAACAUGAGGGCCAUGAUCGACUGUGCAGGGAUCCUGAAGCUGCGUAAUUCCGACAUCGAGCUGAGAAAGGGGGAGACGGACAUCGGACGCAAGAACACGCGUGUGCGGAUGGUUUUCAGAGUUCACAUCAACCAGCCCACGGGGAGGACGGUCUCUCUGCAGGCUGCAUCAAACCCCAUAGAGUGCUCCCAGAGAUCGGCCCAGGAGCUGCCGCUGGUGGAUAAGCAGAGUUUGGAGACGUGUCCCGCCCCCGGGGGGGAGAGGAUGCUCCUCAACGGACACAACUUCCAGCACGACUCCAAGGUGGUGUUUGUGGAGAAGGCUCAAGACGGUCACCACCUCUGGGAGACCGAGGCCAAGGUGGACCGAGACGCCUCAAAGACGAAUUCACUGCUCGUUGAAAUUCCUCCGUAUCGAAACCAAAGACUCUCCACUCCGGUCCACGUGAACUUCUACGUCUGCAACGGCAAGAGGAAAAGAAGCCAGUACCAGCGCUUCACCUACGUCCCUGCUAAUGUUCCCACAAUAAAGACGGAGCCACAUGACGACUUUGACGCCCCUCUGGUGUGCGGCCAGCACGCCCCCGGCCUGUCCUUGCUCCAAAAGCCAUACUUCUCCCCUCAGGUCGUGACCCCGAUGGUGCCCUCGGACCCCAGGCCAUGUGUGGUGGGCGGAGCUUACUCUCUCAGCCAGCAAAGAUUGGCAGCCAAGCCUUCACGGCUGCCCUCCCCGUCCUCUCCUAGCACCAGCCCCAAACUGCACGACCUGUCUCCGCCUCUCUUCACAAAGUGCCUCCCUGCGGCCCCUGCGAUCCAACCGUCCCCGAUCCCGCACGUCUCCAUCAUCCAGGAGACACCCGGGCGCUUCCAGCCGCCAAGCCUCUACCCACCCAGCAGCUCCUCCUCCUGCUCCUCCCCGGCCUCACCCUCAACUCCAACUGACGCCCCCUUUUCCCCGCCGCUCAGCAUGACAGCAGCGCCGCCUGUUAGCAUUAGCACCAGCCCAGGAGCUCAGCAGCACCCCAAGGCGUCAGAGAGUGGGCGGGAUGACCUGCAGGAGGAAGGCAGCCCCCCUGCUUUGGCUGUCAGCAUCAAACAAGAACCACAGGAGCUGGACCAGAUGUACCUGGAUGAUGUCAAUGAGAUCAUCAGGAACGACCUGUCCAGCAUCUCCGUCCACAGCCACGCGUAGCUUCCUGUCGCAUUUGAAAACUGUCACAGGAAACAAGAAGAAAGGGAAACACCAGACUGAAAUAGACUUUAUGCUUUUCAUGCUUGGACUACAGCAUGCAGGAAGCGGCAAAAAGGAAAUGCAAGGAGAACAAAUGUAAAUCUAUCGUGCAGAUGACCAGGGUCCAACACGUGCCUUGUUUUUCUUAUAUAAUGCAUUUAGAAAUGAAUUAUACGACAAAUACAUCCAACUAAGACUGCCUUUUUUGAAUACAUGUAAAUUGAUUAUGUAGCAACCAAAACUGCCAUCCCAACCCCACACAGCAAAGUAUGCUUUUAGAGGACCAAACAUAAUUUUGUAUGUCUCUUUUUUUGUGCUGCGAUUGUAAAUUGAUUCAGUGCCUUUGAGUUAUGUGAUUUGUAUAUACAGUAUGUGUAGUGCUUUAGUUUGCAUAUCUGACUUCAGAGAGAGAGAGAAUGAGAAGAGAAGUGCCUUUUUAACUGGAAACAGAAAAUUGUGGCCUGCACAUUUUCAUGUUCAAAAUGAACUAUGAAAGUUUUUUUUGAAGUUACACAAAUAUAUAUAUAUAUAUUUUUUGUUACAUGUAUCUAAUAAGGGGAAAUGUUAUGACAAGUACCAAUAGCACAAAUGGAGUAUUGUCACAGGGACGGCACGGCUUAAACAGUAAAUGAUUGUCAUUCUAAUAACGGCUAAAAGUAGCUACAAAAUGCUAAUGGUCAUACCUGAACAACUAUCAAUCAAUACAUCUUUUUUUAUUCAUAUAGCGCUGAAUCACAACAAAAGUCAUAUAAACUUUGAACAUCCAGAGCAGGUCGAGAUUGAACAUUUUGAAGUAUCAUUUACUUAGACCCAAUAAUCCACCAUAACUAAGCACCUAGCAACAGUGGAGUAGAAAACAACAACAUGUAGAAAACUCGAGCAGGACCAGACUAGCAUGUGGACAGCCAUCUAUCUUGAUGCUAUAGCAACGACCCCCCCCCUUCCCCCAGCUCAUAUAAUAUUUGGUUAGACAUUUUUUAUUGACAUUUGUUCGUGCAAUUAUAUAUUGAAUAUUUGAAUAAAUUUUCUGUAUUCACUACCAACAAUAAGCACUUAACCACUUAACCUGUGGUGUUACUUCGGGCUGUUUUAUUGAGACAACAUGUCACCAUCACUUGAAGUUACAGAACAACGCCAAAACAUUUCCGAUGAUGUUUGCCAAACCUUGGAGUUUGCGUUUACAGUUUUUAAAAAGUCACAGAUUGAUAAGUCAUUUUGGGUCACUUUUAGAAUAAAAUAUCUCCGUCCAUAUAACGUGUUUACAGACUUGAAAUUAACCUUAACUUUGGAGUUAACUGCUGGCUACAGUUAUUCUGUCUUGACUUGUAUCUAAAGAAGAAAUCAUCUCGGGUUUGUCAAAGCGUGACUUUUCCCUGGAAGCUAUGCAAUGAGCAGUUAGCAAUAGCCUCUCAAAGAAUGUAAACAAUCACCGAUACAACAUAAAAACGUCUCUAAUCCAAAGAACAGCGGUGAACAGCAAUACAGAAAUAUAAGUUCUUUCAUGUUUUUUGUAUUUUCAUAUUUAUUCUCUUAGCAUGUGCUCUGUUUAUUCAUGUUUAUCAUAAAAACGUCUUUUACAUGCUUACCUACAUACUGUGGUUUAUCUACUCAUUUGUUUAUUAUAGAAAAACGGAAUGAGCUUUCACACUUGUUCCCAGUUUUUAUAUGUAUUUAUGAGUCUUAAUCUUUGUAACUGAAGGCCUAAAAGAAGCCAUACGGAAAUGUUUACCGUGGAGAUAUUGUUAGACUACACAGCUCAUUACGUGUGCUUUGUGACCUAUUUUGUGUAUUUGUCAAUAAAUGCGUCUUCAUCUCUCAUGUUAA